AUGCGUUCCUGCGCGCGAGGCGGCAAGCCGCGUUUGCGUGCAAACGCAUUUUCCGUAAAUCCAACAGUCGUCUCAUGUACCGCGGCCCUCUUUCUUAGUGGCUACGUAAUCCAGCAGCGCACGCUGAGCCAGCUGCGCCAGGCCAUCAAACCCGAAACGCGACCCUCUCCAAAGGCGUCGUACUACGUGCCCGAGCAUCUCAAGGACGCAGCAGGCAACGGGCAGAAUGUGCCGCUCUACGGGGGCGCGAACGGGAAGCAGGAGCAGAUCAUCAUCGAGGUGAACCCAACGGUGCCCGACAAGCAACAGCAGGAGCAGCCGCAGCAGCAAUCAAAGAAACAAAAGGCCGGACAAAAAGCAGCGGGAUGGACGUCCGACAUGUGGCAAAAGAUGAUGGGGCCGUCGGAAAAGGAGGAUAAGGGCGGAGUCAGCAGGGAGGACUUGGAGAAGAUGGACGAGAGGGAGAGGAAUAUCAACGGGUGGAAUGUCAAGGACCAAGCGAACCCGGACCCCGAAGCGUCGAACCAGAAGCCCAUCAGCCGGGCCGAGAGACGGCGUUUGAUCAAGGAAGAGCUGAGGCGGCUGUCGGAGAGCGAAGAGAGGGUGUACUACCAGCGACGAUUGUGGUAG